AAGCGGCGGUAGAGAGGGGGGAGCGCGAGGGGGGAGCGCGAGCGAGGGGGGAGAACCAAGAACCAAAAGUCGGUGUUUGAACCGGAGGAGGAAAAACAUAAUCAUGCGGAAUCCAUGAAACGUGCACAUUCUAAACCCCCACGCCGUGGAUCGUUGUCACGCGCGGGCACAGAGGCCGAUCGAGGGUAAGACCUCAUUGGCUGGUGUGACCCCAAAGGCCCGCCUCCACUCAAGGUGGGCCCCGAUUGGCCGAACCGUAUCCUGUGGGAAAAUGGCCGCCCUCAACUGAAGAGCUAAGCGCCGCAAAAGUCACCGUUCACUCAUUUCCAGGUGAACCGUGACCCCUCCCCCACCGAUUUGCUCCAGAGUACUAUGGCAAUGCAUGAUAUGAGUCGAGCCAAGGGUUUCCCCUGUAAAGAGUGUGAUAUGGUUUGUCCGAGUACUCCAAGUCUCCUAGAACACAUGAAAGCACAUUACCAGCAGGAAGAGAACGGGCGCUUUGAGUGUGAACAGUGUGGUAGAAUCUACAAGCACGCAGCCAGCCUCGCCAACCAUAAGAAGUCUCACGAGGUGGGUUCCUUCCAGUGCCCCGUCUGCACCCGCACGCUGCCCAACGCCGUGGCCCUAAAGAACCACCUGCGUAUCCACACGCUUUCCCCCAGCAGCGCACACGCAGAGGAGGAGAGCGAGGAGGUGCCUGAGGAGGCAGGCCACGACGAGAGGGAUUACAGCCUCGCCCAGGACCUCUCCGACGGCUUCGGGCGCCCUCACCUGAACAACAGCAGCGUGGGACACGGCGUCCUGCCCAGCCACGAGACAGAAGACCACGGGAAGAAAGGCUCCCCCGAAUCCGACGACGCCUGGGAUCGACCCUUCAAGUGUGACCAGUGCGACCGGACCUACCGGCACCACGGCAGCCUGGUGAACCAUAAGAAGUGUCACCAACAGGGAACCUUCAAGUGCUCCGUGUGUUUCAAGCAGUUCAGCAACCUGGCGGCCUUAAACAGCCACGAGAGAACUCACUCCAAGUUCAAGACCCCCGGUGCGACCAUGGUGAGCGGCGUCGGGAACAGCCUCCACGGGUCGGAGCGCGGCGGAACGCAGUCGUCACAGAGCGAUGACACAGCCUCUUGUUUCUGUCACCUCUGCCAGAUUGCGCUGCCCAACAAGACAGACUUUCAGGAGCACAUCCUGCUGCACAACGCGGCCUCGCCCUCGCUCGGCCUGCCGCGCAGCUUCCCGGGCAUCAUGCCCCACAACUUGAGCGCAGUACGAGCGCCGGUGUACCCCCCCGCCCUGGGCGACCCUCUGCCGCUGCCACCGCUGCCCAGUGACAAGAGAGGCCCCUACGACCCCAUCAUGGGCCCCCCGGUCAACAACCCCAUCUACACCUGCGCGUAUUGUGGCGCAGGACACCCGGAUCUGGACACCCUUAAGGUCCACUAUCUGACUCACGACCCCCACCCUGGCUCCCACGGCCAGGACAACUCGCUGCUCAAUUCGGACACGCUGAGCUCCGGCUCACAGGGCUCUGUGUCCUCGCCCUCUGGGGGCCGCGUGCCCCAGGCCAACUCGCCGGAGGACGGAGAUCGUCGCUUCAAGUGCGGCGAGUGUGGCAAAAGCUACCGGCACGCAGGGAGCCUGGUCAACCACAAGCGCUGCCACCAGACGGGACACUACCAGUGCACCAUCUGCUGCAAGCAGUACCCCCACCUGGCUGCACUGCACAGCCACCUGCGCAGCCACAAAGGGCGCGGCGCCAACCAGUCCAUCAACAACGACAGCAACGACUGGCUGUCCCCGGAGCCGCUGACCCUGGACUCCCAGCAGAGCUACGUACAAGAGGGCAGUGGGGCGACCACUCCCAUCUCCCUGCCAGGGAACCUGGGGGACUCCGCCCACUUUGUACCCGACGGCGGCCACAGCAGCGGCCUGGACUCUCUGGAGUUCCACGACCGCUUUGACGGCGGCUCGCUCUCCCAGAGCAACUCUGCCCACCGCCAGGCCGACCGCCACGUGUGCGCCGACUGCGGCGAGAUGUAUGGAGACGUGUCCGGCAUCAAGUCGCACAUGUGCCCCCGCCGCGGCCAGCAGCCGCAGCAGAGCACCAUGUCCAACGGCUUCAUGGGUGGCAUGAACUAUCACGGCUCCGGUGGAACCGCGCUGCCCACUGGGAGCUCCAGCAGCCUAAAAGAAGGCAGUGGCCAUCGACAGUACUCCCAGGGCGGGGGCAAGAGGAUGAGCAGCAACGACAAGGACGACGAAGACGACGGGGAGGUUUACCAGUGCUCUGUGUGCGGCAACCACUACGCCAGCCUCAGGGCCCUCAGAAGCCACCUGCGCAGCCACGCCAACAACCCCACAGGGCCGGGGCCUUCCAGCCUGGAGCAGGAGUGGAGGAUGAUCUGCUCCACCUGCGGCCAGAGCUUCUCCAGGAAGCAGGACCUCCUGAACCACCAGCUGGUCCACGGGCCCCAAAGGCAGGACGGCCAGCAGCAGCAAGGCAUCGCAGGAGGCUCGACUAAUGGCAACGACAAGAUGGACGGACGCAACCACAUCUGUGUGGACUGCGGCAUGUUCUUUGCCGACCGGCACCACCUGAUCACCCACCUGUGCCCGGGUAAGAAUCGGGCCAGCUCUCUGAGCAAGCAGGCCCUGAAUGGAGCCAAAGGAAUGUCCGGAGGAGACGGUGUGAGCGGGGCGGGGGGAGCCGGGGGGAGCCGUGACGUUGGCAGUGACGGACGCAGGCCUAUGGUCGACCAAAGCGACAAGCCCCACAAGUGUGACCAGUGUGGGCGGGGCUACAGACACCCAUGCUCACUCCUUAACCACAAGAAGUCACACAAGACCGGUGUGUUCCGCUGUCUUGUCUGUCAGAAGCGUUACUACAACCUGCUGGCUCUCAAGAACCACCAGAGGACCCACUUCGAUCUCAAGAGGCACAAGUGUGAAGAAUGUGGCAAAGCAUUCAAGAUCCAAAAGCAGCUGAUAAACCACCUGCGCCUCCACGAGGAGCACCGGGCCAAAGGUCUGGUACGGACCGGUACCAACGGCUCCCGCUUCCAGCAGCCCGGGCCGUCCCAAAUGCAGAGCAUGAGGGGGGAGUCCUCUAAGAGCCAGGCCAUGGGCGCAAAGUACAGCCACCAGGGCUUCAAGAAGCCCUACUCCUCGGCUGGGACCUCCAGGCCACAGAAGUUCGACCCGUCAGAGACCGGGCGACGGCCCUUCGCCUGCGAGGAAUGCGGCAAGACAUAUCGGCACGCCGGCAGCCUGGCCAACCACAAGAACCUUCACAAAAUCGGGGAGUACCACUGCAAUGUCUGCAACUCCACGUACCCCAACCGGCUGGCCAUGAAAAACCACCUGCGCCUCCACUUCGCCCAGAAGAAGCACAACUGCCAGGAGUGCGGCAAGGGCUUCCGCACCCAGCGGCAGCUGGCCACCCACACCACGGCAGGCCUGUGCAAAGGGCCUCAGGGCCCCGGGGUCCAGAUGGACUUUGAGUGCGACGGCUGUUGCGAGGGCUUCACCACGGCAGACGAGCUGGCGGCCCACGACUGCCCCGCCCAGCACCUGCCCUCCUCCUCAUCAACCAACACCUCGGCCAACAUCAGCUUGGAGAGGAGCUCUGUGGACCUGGACUCGGACGAGAGGCCCUAUGCCUGCGACCUGUGCAGCUGCGCCUACAAGCACGCCAGCUCCCUGCUCAACCACAAGCACACGCACAAGACCGGCAACUUCCGCUGCAACUUCUGUGACAAGCCGUACACCAACUACAUGGCGCUGCGCAACCACAUGCGCAUCCACACCCAGCGGAAGAAGCACAUCUGCCACACGUGCGGCAAGGCCUUUCGGCUGGCCCGUUUCCUCCGGAACCACCAGAAGGUCCACGAGGAGGGUGCCACCCCCUUCGGCUGCCCCACCUGCGGGAAGAGCUUCCAAGGCCGCUCGGGUCUGGCCCGGCACCGAUGCGGGGACAACCAGGUAGGCAUGGAAGUGAGGAGGAAGGCCACGGCACCCCCGGGAGAGGGCGACGAGUGUCGGUACACAUGUGACCAGUGCGGCCGGUCCUACCGCCACGCCAGCUCCCUCCUCAACCACAAGAACACCCACACCGUCGGCAUCUACCACUGCGCCGUGUGCCUCAAGACCUACUCCAAUCUGCUCGCCCUGAAGAACCACCGCCGCAUCCACUCAGAGACGCGGCGCCACCGUUGCCACGACUGCGGCAAGGCCUUCCGUGUGUCCUCGCAGCUCUACAACCACCGCCGCGUCCACCAGAAGCAGCGGGAGCUGACCUGCCGGUCCUGCCAGCGAGCCUUCCCCACUCAGGCCAGCUUCCGGCUCCACAUGGAGAUCAGCCACGGCCAGCCGCCUCAGCCCCGCCAGCCCAGACCCCAGCAGCCCCGGCCUGGGGGCUCCCAGGAGCUGGGCUGGGGGUCCGGCCUGGACCUCACCCUGAUGCAGGAGCAAGGACUCAACCCGAGCGCCACGGGGAGGGCCCGAAGCCGGGGGGGCCGCGGCGAGGCCCUCAAGCCCCACGUGUGCGACCAGUGCGGUCGGUCCUACCGCCACGCCAGCUCGCUGCUCAACCACAAGAACAGCCACAAGACCGGGACCUAUUUCUGCAACUCCUGCCAGAAGGAGUUCCCCAACCUCAUGUCCCUCAAGAACCACCGGCGGAUCCACACUGAGCCCAAACGCUACCAGUGCCCCGACUGCGGCAAGUCCUUCCGGGUCUCCACCCAGCUGGUGUGCCACCGCCGCAUCCACACCAAAGAGAAGCCCUUCUCCUGCCAGCAGUGCGACAAGCGCUUCUCUUCCCGGUCCAACCUGAGGCACCACAUGAAGGUGCACUGGAGCGGCUCCUCAGCACCCCCCCCAAGGGCCAUGGGCACACCUAACUUCCUGGGUAUGCCCGGCGGUGCCUUCAUAUAACCUGAGGGAUGAGGGAGGGGGGGGGUGUGAGGAAAGGAGGGUGCAGGCAGGGUAUCGAGGAUCCAUUGGAAUCGGGACUCGCUUUGCGAUUUACCCGGAAUCGUUCAAAAGUAAAAAAAUUGGAUUCCUAGUUUCGAUUCUCAGUCCGCCGGCGCUGACCGGAAAAAGAAACCGCUGAACACCAACGAAGAAGAGUCCACCGGAAGUGUUGUUAUAACAGAGCGAUCGAACAUGGACGGCGUGCGUCGGCGCUCCAAAGUGUGGUUACACUUCUCGAAACAAACCCAAAACUAGUUUCAUGCAUAAGAGGGUGCACGUCAAAUAUGAUGAAGCACCUCCGAGGUCAUGGAGUGGAAGUAAAUGUGUGCCCCGUCUUUGAUUUAUAUUGUACUUUUUAUUAACUUUCAUACUAAAGUUAAUAAAAAGUAAGAAGUUCAUAGAAUUAACAUUGAUGGAGAAGGUCAGACUAUUUCCUUCAGAAAGACCCUUGGUUAGCGAGCUCAUUUAAAAUAACUUUUUGACCUGCCUCUUAAAAGAAUCGGAAUCAAAACAGGGAAUCUGAAUCGUUCAAAUUCAAACGAUACCCAACCCUAGUGCAGGGGGUCAAAGUGCAGUCCCAUGCCAAGGUUU